CCUCACUAACCGACUAUCCUCAGAUCUAACCACACAAGGCAUCUAUCAACCUCCUUGCUUUUGCCACGUGCUGUGAUUAACGGCCAAGAUUGAUUCCCUGCACGUGACGCCCCGUCGAAGUUCGCUAUAUAGCCGCACAACCCCUUCCUCACUGUAAACCCUAGAUCCCGAGUAUUAGCAGACGCUGAAAGGUUUAGAGAAAGUAAUGGCGAAUCCCAAAGUGUUCUUCGACAUCACCAUCGGUGGCAAACCGGUCGAAAUCAAUGGCCAAAAGGCCAACCGUGUCGUGAUGGAGCUCUUCAACGAUGUCACUCCAAAGACGGCCGAGAAUUUCCGCGCUCUCUGCACCGGAGAGAAAGGAGUCGGGAAAUCCGGCGUGCCGCUGCACUUCAAGGGCUCAAAAUUCCACCGCGUGAUCCCCAAGUUCAUGUGUCAGGGCGGUGACUUCACAAAGGGAAACGGAACCGGAGGUGAGUCCAUCUACGGGGAGAAGUUUGCAGACGAGAACUUUAUUAAGAAGCACACCGGACCCGGCAUCCUCUCUAUGGCGAAUGCGGGGCCAGGCACCAACGGAUCUCAGUUUUUCAUCUGCACCGCGAAGACCGAGUGGCUCGAUGGUAAGCACGUGGUGUUUGGACAGGUCGUGGAAGGCUAUGAUGUGAUCAAGGCGGUGGAGAAAGUUGGAUCCGCAGGCGGAACAACAUCUAAGGAUGUGGUGAUUGCUGACUGCGGUCAACUUUCUUAGAUCUCUCUGGUCUAGUGUUCUUCUAUCCGACUAUCCUCUUUCUCGUCAUCUUCGUCCGUCGUUUUACCGUUUGUGUUUGUUUGAAUCCCCUUCCAUCUAAUUGUUCUGCUUUCGUUUGAGCACUUUGGUAUACCCGCCUAUGUGUUAAAUAAGUUUUAAGAUUGUUAGUUGGUUACAUUGCUUUGCUGUGGUGUUCUUAUUACAUUUCACCUAAUUAAUUGUAAUCCAAGAAUAAUUAGCUAAUUCAAGUACAUCGUGGCUUAUUAUUCGCUAUGGUUUUCAAUCAUUUGAUACCCCUCCAAUUGAAUUGUCUUGGGAUUGCUCUAGUGCUGUAGUCGACAAUCUGCUUGAUCCCAUUAACAAGGUUUAGAUUUACAAAAUCGUAUUUCCCUUGUGCUUAUUUGGUUAUGGAAGUUGACAUUAAUCAUGGUUUUGUUUUGGC